AUGGCAUCGUCGUUCAUGUCGCAGGUGCGCGCUCUCCGCUCCUAUCGCAUGACUCCGCUCGCUCGUCCUCCUCCCGCCCGUCGCCCACCCGCCAUCUCCGCCGAAUCCGCUCCUGCCGUCCCCUUCUCCCGCCCACCCUGCUCCCCCGCCUCGCCGCGCUCUCUCUUCCGUCUCCUACCCUCGUUCACCACCACCACCUUGUUCCCUGCCUUCUGCGUCCGUCCCCUCGGCCUCCCGCCCCUCUGUCUGCCGCCCCACUGCCGCCCGCAGGUGCUGCUGCGCGUGCUGCGCGCGUACAUCCGCGACGCCGAUGGCGCGGCGGCGUCCGACCUCAGCGUGUCGCUUUCGGGCGGCUCCCUCACUCUCAGAAACUUCGAGCUCAACCUGCCAGUCCCCCCUCACGUGCGCGUGGCGGUACGGCGCGCGUGGGUGGGCGAGCUGCGGGUGAGCAUCCCCUGGGCCGCGCUGGGCUCGCAGCCCGUGGCCGUGGCUCUGCACGGCGUGCGCCUGCACGUUGAGGCAACGGGGGGAGGGGGGGUUGGAGGGCAGGGGACGGAGGGGAAGGAGAGGGUGUGGAGUGGAGGGAAUUGCGGUGGCAAGGGGGGCGAGGAGGGUGCAAGGGAAAGUGGGGGGGGCGGUGGGUGGCAGCAGGGGAUGGGGCCAAAAGAGGGUGAGCGGGGCGGUGGUGGGGGCGAGAGGGGGGGCGAUGGAGCAGGGAAGGAGGAGGAGGGCGGUGGGUGCAGCGACUCAGACUCAGAGUCGUGGCAGGGAAGCAGCAGCAGCGAGGCGGGGCAUGCGAGGGAGGAGUUGGCGGAGCUGCUGGCGCUGGGGGGGCUGCGGGCGUUCCUGCAGCACACGCUGCUGAACGCCAGUGUGACUGUAACGGACGUGCACCUGCAGUACUCCACGCCCUCCGCUGUGCUGUCUUGGCGCUGCGAUAAGCUCCUCCUUCACUCCACUGCAUCUGACUGGACCCCUGCCUUUGUGGUACGCGCUGCUCCCACCCUCCUGCUGUGCUGCUUCUCCUAUCCAUUUAUGCCCAUCUUUCACUCGCACAGCAUAGUGCUGCACCCCUCCCCCUCCAAGCGCCCCUGUGCCCUCGUGGCCUUGUCUGCAAGGCACACGCAUUCAUCUCUCCUCACAUCCUUCCCAGCCACCAGAGGAAGGCGUGAGGAAGUGCCGCUCCUCUCCGCUGUCUCCCUCACUUCCCGCAUCGCCAUCACCCCGCCCUGUGCUGCUCUUGCCCAGCCCCAGUGCGCCUGCCUCUCCCUCCGCCUGCUGCCCCUCGCCCUCUCCGCCUCGCCCUCCCACCUCGCUGCUCUGCUCAGCGCCGCACACUCAUGCCGGCAGGCAUGGGGGGGAGGCGCGGGGGCACAGGAAGAAGGGGCGGAGGGAGCGGGGGAAGCAGUUGGAGGGGGCGUGGAAGUGAAGGAGAAAGGAACGGAAGAGGGAGGCGGGCAUGAUGAGGGCAGAGGUGACAGCGGGGAUGCGAUGGGUGGGACAAGAGAAGCAGCUGAGAAUCUUCUGGUAUCAGCAAGUGAGGAGGGAGAAAAGGCAGCAAAGGAGAGGGCGGGUGGAAUGAUGGAUGGGCGGCAGCAAGAAGGGCAGCAGGGGGGCCAGCAGGGGGGGCAGCAGAAGCAGGGAUUGUUUCACAGCAUGGGGCGCGCGAUUGGGUGGGUGCAGCGGCUGUUUGUGGACGAGGAGGACGACGAGGCGAGCAGCGGCGGCGCUGCCGUUGCAGCCACGGGGCAAAGUGCGUUGUCAGUGAGAGCUGCUGCUGCAGCAGCAGCAGCGGGUGGCCGCUUGGAGAGUGAGGAGAUCUGGGAGUGGGCCACGGGGUACGAGGCAGGUGUGCACUUUGACGUGGCAGCCACUGAUUGGUCCGUCGCUGCGCUGCUAGAGGGCGCUGAUCUGUCCCUUGUGAGCAGCGUGGGCGGCGGCAUGGAUGGCAGUGGUGGCGCAUCCGUGUGCUGUGAGGGCGAUGCCGUCGGCCUCAGUGCAGAGGAAUGCCACGGAGCACCUGCGCCUCCAAACCUGGACGCGGACCUUGCCAGCCCAACCUGCCAUCCGAAGCUGGAGUGCAGGCUCGGGGCCGUGCUGGUGGAGGCGGAGGGGCGGGGCAGGGCGGUGCAGGCAGCGAGUGUGAAGGUGGGGCCCGUGGCAGUGGCUGUGGCAGUGCCUGGGAGCAGCACUUCAGGUGCCUCUUUAGGUGCCUCUUCAGGGGCCAAUACGCAUGUUCCUUCUGGUGGCUCGGAUCCUGCAGCAGUAAUACCGUCAUCUCUCCGUCCUCUUCUCCGCCUGCACUCGCGGCAGCAGACAGGCGAGGCAGGGGCAGCAGCAGUGGGGGGCCGAGGGGAGGGCGCGGUGGGGUCGUAUGGGAGCUUGCAGGCGCCGCUGCUGCACUCCCUCGCCCCCCUGGCGGCCGUGCUACCCGCACACACUGCUGCAGCUGCAGGGGGGGAACGCCGGGUGGGUGCAGGCGGGGCGGGAAGGAGAGGGGCAGCAGGGGUUGGCGGGGGUCAUGGAGGAGGGAAGAGAGGUGAGGAGGACGAGGGGGUGGGGGAGUGUGAGAAGGGGUGGAGUGUGGAGGGAGUGUGGUGGCGCGGGGUGCGAAUGGUAGAGGCGUUUGAAGCUUCGCAGGCUGCUGGGCCUCUGGGGCUCACUGCUGACAUCAGCCUCUCCCUGCACGUGGGACUCGUGGCAGUCUCCUAUUGGCCAGGCAUGUGCAGCAGUGUGCUGCGGUGGUGGCAGGACGUGCGGGCAUGCGGUGGUGGAGGAGGAGCGGGGGAUGUGGGAGGGGCUGUGAGAGGGGAGGGGCGCGUGGGCCAAGAGGAGCCCAGCGCCCGACCCGCUGCCUGCCCACCGCCGCUCGCCCCCUCUCCGUCGUCCCCGGGCCUGGCGGUGUGGAAGAGGCCAGCGCGAUGGGUGGGGGAGGAUGGCAGGGCGUGCGAGGGCAGCAGGGCGCGGGUGGCGCUGGUGGUGCAGGCACACAUGCACUCGCUCGAACAUGGUCAGGCUUGCAAAGCUGCAGCUGGGUUGUUGUGGAAUCGUGACUCCCCUGUCGUCCCCUCACCUUGCCGGGCAAGCCUUGCCCUGUCCGCCAUGCCCCCCAUGCCUCACCUCCCGUGCAUGCGCCCUCCCCUCCGCCCAUGGCAGCUGUGCUCCUCCACGCUGCUCCACCCGGCCUCUCUCCGCAUCGACUGCACGUGGGCUGCUGCUGGCCCCCCCUCGUCACACGCCUCCCUGCCACCACCAGCACUGGCAGAUCCACUAGGGCUGGCAGGAGUGGCAGCAGCAGCGCCCCCAACUGGAUUUCCAGCACUAGCAGUGCCGCUGCCACACUGUAAUGCUUCUGUAAUGGGAGAGGGGGGCGAGGGCGCGGUGGAAGCAACUCUGGAUGCCGUCUCUCUGCAUGUCUCUCGCACCCACGCCGCUGCUCUGCUCGCCAUGGCUGCUGCCGCCCUCACAGACGUGAGCUGCAGUGGGGGUGGCGCUGCUGCGGCCACGGCUUCAACAGCAGAGCCACAAGGCGCAAGUGCAGCAGGGUCAAGUGCAAGGGAGCAGGCAGGCGCUGCCAUGCCAGCCAUGCCAGCCAUGCCAGCCAUGCCAGCCAUGCCAGCAAGCAAGCUGCAGGGCCUGGCGAAGCACGCACGUGUACUGGAGGCUGCUGCUGACGUCAUGUCUACAUGGAGCCACGUGGCAUCAUUAUCAUCAUCAGCAGCAGAGCCCCCCAACGACUCCCCCUGGUGCUGCCAGCACGUGCAGCAGCAGGUGGGGUCGUUGUGCCAUGUGCGGGCGUGCAGUGUUGUGCUAGCAGUGGGGUGGCACAGCGGCCGCUCACAGCCCGCCAGCCCCACACAGCAAGAGACGCGCAUGGAGGGCAGGCGCAUGGAGGGCAGGCGCAUGGAGGGCAGGCGCAUGGAGGGCAGGCGCAUGGAGGGCAGGCGCAUGGAGGGCAGGCGCAUGGAGGGCAGGCGCAUGGAGGGCAGGCGCAUGGAGGGCAGGCGCAUGGAGGGCAGGCGCAUGGAGGGCAGGCGCAUGGAGGGCAGGCGCAUGGAGGGCAGGCGCAUGGAGGGCAGGCGCAUGGAGGGCAGGCGCAUGGAGGGCAGGCGCAUGGAGGGCAGGCGCAUGGAGGGCAGGCGCAUGGAGGGCAGGCGCAUGGAGGGCAGGCGCAUGGAGGGCAGGCGCAUGGAGGGCAGGCGCAUGGAGGGCAGGCGCAUGGAGGGCAGGCGCAUGGAGGGCAGGCGCAUGGAGGGCAGGCGCAUGGAGGGCAGGCGCAUGGAGGGCAGGCGCAUGGAGGGCAGGCGCAUGGAGGGCAGGCGCAUGGAGGGCAGGCGCAUGGAGGGCAGGCGCAUGGAGGGCAGGCGCAUGGAGGGCAGGCGCAUGGAGGGCAGGCGCAUGGAGGGCAGGCGCAUGGAGGGCAGGCGCAUGGAGGGCAGGCGCAUGGAGGGCACACAUCUCUAUCUCGUCUCCUCUGUGUCCGCUGUGUGUUUGUUGCCUCACUCCGAUUUCACCACCUACAGUGUACCUAGUGCUUCUCAUCCUAUUUGCGUGUCUCUCAUCUCCCACUCAUCCCUCACAUUCCCACCCACUCCGCUCCGCCGCCCUCCGCCCAGCCUCUCCCUACAGCCGUCCCCCCCCGCCUCAGCAGCCCUAUCCGCGUCCCUGCACUCAUCCACGGGUCCACGCCCACCCAUGCGCCCUGCCACGUUGCCACCCGCCACUCACGCUGCUGCGGCGCAGCACGGCCACUCAGGCACCAGCGCUGCUGCAAGUGGUGCUGACGUCACGCUGCACUUGGGUGACGUCAUGCUGGUGGUGUGGGCGGAUCCGCUUGUGCACUUGCACGGGCUCAUGGCUGCUGGCAGUGCGGUGAGAGCGCAGGAGGGCGAGGUGGAGAGCGGGGCAGGCAGGUGGGAUGGAGAGGGGCGAGGAGAAGCAGGGGCGCACGGGGAGAGGGGAGCAGGCAGAAGAGGCGGAGGGGGACAUGGAGGAGGAGGAGGGGGAGAGGUUGCAGGCGGCGGAGUGGGGCCAGCAGCGCGGGUCACAGUAGGUAUGGGCGUGGUGCAGGCAGCGGUGCAGCGCGGCAGUGUGAGCGUGGUAGCGGGCCCUUUCAGGGCUCAGAGGGGUCACAGUAGUGGCAGCACGCACAGUGGAGGGGGUUGCAGUGGGGGCCAAGGGGGAGGCGUUGGGGCGAGGGGGAAGGGUAUGGGAGGGCAUGGCGUGUGGGUGGCAGUGGGGCGGGCGGGCGUGAGAGGGGUGUCUGUGUGCGUGAAUGAGGGGCGCGGUGGGAGCGCUGCAGGGGGAAUGGUGGCGCGCAGGGGUGAGGGCGGAGGGGAAGAGUCCCCUUUGCUGUGUGUGCAGCGGGUGUGGGUGGACCUGGGCACGGCGUGCCUGCCCUGCUCGCCUGCCCCCACGCCCCUCACCACGAUGGAGGAGAGCGACGGCGCUGCAGGGAGCACACAGGCGGACACGUGGCUGCGUGCGAUUGGCUCAGAGGGCCUGGGUGCGCUGGUGCAGGUGGAGGGAGUGACGGUAACGGGGGGAAACGCAGGGCCAUGCGAGCAGGCAGUGCAGCAGCAGCAGCAGCGGUGGCAGCCUGAGAAGGGGCGGUGGCAGUGCAGUGAGCACACUGGAGGGCCAUGCGAUGAGAGUCCCCGCGAUCUUGACCUGCUGGUGGGUGCUGCAUGCGCCCCUCGUUUCCCCCUCCCGAUAUUCCCCCCCUCGUAUCUCCCUUUCCACAGCUCUCAUUUGGAAAUAUUUCUUGCUUCGACUCAUACCCAGGUGGAGCGGGUGGGCGUCACUCUCUCACGCCAUCAGGUCGACACCCUCCUGCUGCUGCGCCGCCACCUCACCACCUCCCUGCUGCGCCCACCUGCCACCACUGGUACCACCACCCAGCAAGGCAGCCGGGGAAGCCAGGGCGGCACGGAGAGAGGCAACAGCAGCAGCAGAAGGUACGGCGGUGCAGUGGCACGUGUCAGCAUGCGAGUGGUAGAGUGCACAGCAGCCGUGCCCCUGUGGGCGGCAGCCAGCCCCCCGGCAGUCAGCAGCGCCUUCCACGGCGCCCACUCGGCCCACCGUGCCUCCUCGCACAUCCGCGCCAUUGUUUCUGACUGCUGCCUCUCUGCCUCCGUAGCCCCACUCCUGCCGCCCACACGCAACAAGCCCCCUGCUGCUUCCUCCUCAGGUGCAGCAGCAGCCGUCCCCAUGGCGCAUGGCAGGGUGGGGCGAGUGGCAGUGGAGGCGGUGAGGGAGGGCAGGCGCCAUGCAGGAGCACCCAGAACGAUGGGGCUUGCGCUUGCAGGGGCGGCUGAGCAGCGCUUCACUCUGCUCACCCUGCCGCACACUGCACCGCCUUCCUCCCCCGCCCCUCACCGCCCCUCACCACCUGAAUAUCCUGCUGCACCUGCAACCCCGCCAGGCGUGCCCCCCCAGCAGCCUCCUCCGCCUCGCAGUCCUGCACGUCCUGCUGCUGCUGCAGCCGCCCCUGCAGGCAUGACGUGGAGAGUGGUGGAGGGGGAGAAGCUGUGUGGUGGUGGCACGGGGGGCACGGAGGGCACAGGGGGCAGGGUGCAAGGAGGCUCCGACUCGGGGGCAAGAGAGGAGAGGGGGCGGUGGUGGGUGGAGAUGGAGGCGCAGCCCUUGAUGGUGGCUGCUGACGCUCAAUUCGCCCACGAGGUCAUGGCCACGCUGUACGACGUGCUCCCUCGCCUGCGCGCCCCACUGCCAUUGCUCUCUCCUGCAUGUCAAACAGGGUGGGGCGCUGCCUGCUCCUCCGCCACCCACGGCACCCAGCAUCCAGCAGGGAUGCCCUCGGAGCACGGCGCACACACGCCACUCCACCCCCACGCACAGCAGCAAGCAGCGGCUGGACGGGGGGAGGGCAGUGCCGCACCACCCAGCGGGUCAGUACCCGUGCCCCGGCUGUGGGGCGUGAAGGUGGCGAGUGGAGGCGCUCUCAUCUCACUGCUCUCUGCCUUUGAAGCCUUUCAAGGGUGUGAAGGGUCACCCACCCCUGACAGUGACACUCCCCACACCCACAAGCCAUGCCCAUCGUCCCCACCACCUGCCUGUGUGUCGUCCCCCUCAGCGCUGUCCCGCCUGCCGCGCCUCUCCAUCUCCUCCCACUUCGUCGCUCACGAAGACCCCCAACCCCACCCACCGUGGCAGGGGGACGCGCAGCAGCAUGGCGAGCAGCCAGGAGAGCAGAAGGAGAGGGAGGGUGUGGCGGGGGGGGCAGGAGUGUCGGUGGAGUUGGAGAGCUGCACGCUCACCCUCUGCCUCUCGCCCUCGCUGCGAGACAUCCGCCGAUUCGCAGGCACCCACGACGCCUCCUGCCCGGGCCGCAUCAUGCUCCCCCACACAUCACCCACCACGCACUCCUCACACCCCCCUUCGCACCGACCCCCACCGCCCUUCCUCGUCCCCACAAUCGAGCUCCGGUCGGCCCACACGGCCGUGCGUCUGCUCAGCACGGACCUCCUCUCCAGCCCCACGCUGCUCUCACACGCCCACACCACCGCACUGCACCUCACAGCCCUGGGCGCCCCCUUCCCCCUGCGCCUCACCAUACACACUGACUUCGCCUCGCCCCGCCUCUGCCCCAAGGUGCUGCUGCCACUGCUGCGCCUCGCCAGGUCCCUGCGGGAUGCGUGGGCGGCAGCGAGGGCCGUGCGGGUGGCGUAUGAGGUGCAGCUGGGCGGCGAGGUGCAGGGUGCGCCGAGUGACGACCUGCGCAGUGGGGCUUUUGAGUGCAGCAGAGGGGAGGGGAGGGUGCAAGGGGGGGUGGCGGGGUGGGAGGAGGUGCGGGCGGGGCAGGUGGCGUGGGGCGAGGGCGUGGCCAGCAGAGACAGGCCGCUCAGCAACAGCUGCUUUGGGGGCGGCUGGAUCGCAUGGCGCUACCCCUACCCGCGUGCAGUGCACCAACUGGUCAUCACCGCACCUCUCCUCACUGGCCCCCUCGCUUGGCGGCUGCCCUCGGUGGCGCUGCGCCUCGCCCGCUUCCACCCCGCCCACCGGGCCUUCCACGACGCCCUGCCUCCCGUGCUCUGCCCGCCCUCCCCCUCGCCCUGCGCUCUGCAUGCUGCUCACGCCACCUGCCAUGCGUGCCCCGCGUGCCGCCCCAUCGUGGUGGAGCCGGAGCAGGUGGAGGGGGAGGGGGAGGGCGAGGCGGACCUGUGGCUGCUCUCGUGGUUCGUGCCGCUCAACCCCGCUGACGUCAUGCACCCCUCCGCACCCGCAGGUCACCACCGCGCUCACGCUGCCAUGCACACUCCCGCCGGGUCCACUGCUGACACCGCCUCCUCUGCACCCACGUGUGUCCCCUCUGCCUCGCUGGCCGAGGCGCUCUCUCUGCUCUCCACCGUGUACGGCUCGCCCGCUGCUGCCACCAUCACUGCCGCCGUCACCACUGCUGCCGCCUCACCCCACGCCCCUGCCACCCAGGGCAUGCCGCGCGCCUUCCCCACCCUGCCUGCGGGCCCCAUGCUAAACGCCCCCCUGGACACGCACGUGCUGCCCGCCUCACUGCUGCUCGCUCGCCUGCUCAUCAACCCCACCUGCGCCGGCCCCCACACGCGCCCGCGCCUGCCUUCGCCGCCCCUCGUGCCGUUCCUGCGCAUUGGGUUCGGCGGGCGGCUGGUGGUGGUGCGGGUGGUGGAAGAUGUGGAUGCGGGCGAGGGGCGGAUGAGGGAGGCGGUGGUGGUGGGAGGGGAGGGCGUGCGCGUGUGCGUGCACAUGUGGAGCACGCGCAUGUGGGCAGUGCAUGCUGCUGCCACCGUGCUGGCACAUGCAUGGGUGCAAUUGAAAUCAACUCUCAACACAUCACUUUCUCACACGCCGUUUGUACCCCCCUCCCUCUCGUCGUACUCGCUGCUCGUUUCUUCACCCGUGCCGCUCCCAUCCCCUUCCCCUCAGCUGCCACUGCUGGAGCCCGUCCCCCUGCGAGCAUCACUGGGCGUGCUGUGGAAGCCCUUCUGGUCGCCCGCUCUGCUCUCCCGCCACCACCGCCACCCCCCCCGCUCCUCCCUCUUCUCCCCUCCCCACCCCGCCUCACCCCUUCGCCAGCCCUCCUCUCCCCCUCACGCCCACUCCUCCUACUCUUCCCACUCCUCCCCCUCCCCGCCCUCCUCGCCCCGUGCCCCGUGUGUGCCGCGCGACCCCUUGGAGCUGCACACGCCACCGUCCUCGCUGGGCAUGGCGGUGGGCGUGCAUGCGGGGGGGUAUGCAUGGGACAGCUCGCGGGGGGGUGGGCGAGGCAAGGCUGGACGCUGUGGCAGGGGCUGUGUUGCAGGCAGCAGUGGCAGCAAGGGGGGUAGCAGUGGGGGUGGGGGCGAGGGGGGCGAGGAGCAUGGGGCGACGGUGCAUGUGAGGGUGGCGUCCCUGAGAGCGCUGCAGCGCCUGCUGCUCGCAUGGACGGGACAGGGGGGACAGGCAGGCACCGGGCAGGGCGAGGUGGGUGGAGGUGAGGAGGGGUCGGGGGAAGAAGAGAAGAGGAGAGAGGAAAGAAGUGAGGUUCAGCAGGAGGAGAUGAAGGGAAAUGGGAGAGUGCAAGAGAGUGAGGAGAAGGGGUUGGCUUCGGGGACGAGUGAGGUGGAUGAGGGUGGUGCAGCAGAGGCGGUUGAAGGGGCGGUGGAGGAAAGCCCAAGAGGACUGCCAUCACAGGCGUCGUCCUCUCCCCCCCUCCUCGCAUCCUCAUCCCCUCCUCUAUUCGGGUACACUGUGGAGAACAGAUGCCCCGUGCCUCUCCAGCUGGGCCAGCACGGCACACAAGAGGCCAUCGCCCUGCCGCCCGGCUGCUCACUAGGCUACAGCUGGUGCCGCCCACCCUCGCUUGUGCCGGGCGCCGUGUGCCAGCUGCAUGCGCGCGUCGGCCAAUGGGAGGGAAAGGGGUGGGGAGAUGGGGCACAAGGUGCAGAGAGGAGUGAUGAAAAGUGUGUGGGGGGAGGGAAAGAAGGAACGGGGUGGGAGAGGGUGAGCAUAGGAAGCGAUAGAUGGAGUGCGCAGCAUGCAUGUGGAGCAGCUGAAAAGGAUGACAUGGCACGUGGUGAUUGGUCGGCGCCAUUUGAGGUCGCCUGGCCCUCUCUCUCCCACGCCCUCCUCUCCCCCUCCCUCUCCUCUACGCCAACUGCAUUCUCCCCUGGUUCCUCUGCUGCCACCUCCUCUCGUUCCACCCCCACUACUGUAUCUGGCCCGGGUGCCAACCCUAGGAGGCAGGCUCGGGGGUGGUCGGUGCGGCUUGGGGUGCCUGGAGGGUUGGAGGCAUCCAUGGGUAGCGGUGGGGGGAUGGGGAGCGGAGGUGGGGGGGAGGGGGAGCCACGAGGAUGGGCGUGGUCGUCUACCGUGCUGGUGCGGGGGGAGGGGGAGGCAGAGGGGGGGAGGUCAGGGGGUGGGGGCAGCAGUGAGCGGGUGUCCAUCGUGACUCUCAGCACACACGGCCCUUCGCACCUCCACUGCCUGCUCUCCGUCUCCCACGUCCCCCUCCCAUCAACCCACCCACCUUCUUCUCCCACCGCCUCGGCUCCCUCUCAGGCCGCCUGCGAGCUCCCCUCACACACCACGCACCUCUCUGUGCUGCCCGCUGCCCUGCUCUCCAACCGCACGCCCUUCCCCCUCCACUUCCUCCUUCAUGACCCCCCCCCUGCCCCUCCCCCUGCCCCUCCCCCUGCCCUGCGCCCAUCCUCGCUGCACCACACUCCCUUCAGCCUGCCAGCCUCGGCUGGCCUGUGUCCCCUCGGUGCCACCUGCCUGCCCCUCACGCUCUUCCCCUGGCGACCCCUCCUCUCCUCCUCGCCCUCUCUGCCUGACUCCUCUGCUUCCAGCAGCAGCAGCGGCAGCAGCAGCAGUGAGAGUGAGAGGGACAGUGAGGAGAGUGAUGGUGGCGUGGGUGAUGGUGGUGUUGCAUCGAAGCAGCGGCAGAAGCAGAAGCAGAGGAGGACGAGGGGGAAGGCAAGAGGCGAACGGGUAAGAGGAGGUGGUGGGGAGGACGGGUGGGAUAGGCGGCUGGCAGCGCUGGGAGGAGUGCGCCUGGGCAUGGCGGCACGUGCAUGUGCUGCUGAUGCAAGGCAGCAAGGGGCAGCAGCAGCAGCAGCAGCAGCAGCAGCAGUGUGUGGCAGUGAGCAGCGCUACCAGCACAACCAGCACCACCAGCACCCACAUGACGAAUCUUCUCUGCCUGCUCGCCCCUCCCAUUCAUGCCCGCUGCUGUGGUCGCCCCCCGUGCCUCUCUCCCGCUUUGCUGUCGCGCAGCGCUUUCUCCUCCCCGACCCUUCUGGCACCUGCCACGCCACCCUCCUCACCGCCUCCCUCCUGCCCUCCGCCAGCCAAUCAGAGGGCGCCACAUGGCAGCCACACCUGGUGGUGCACGUGGAUGCACAGCCACAGUGGCGCAUUGAGAACGAAACGGGCGUGUGUGUGGACGUCAGGGGGGCGGAUGAUGAGGCAGAUGCCUUUGUAGCGCGAGUGGGGCCGAGGCGAUCCCUUGCCUUCCAUGCUGCCGCCCUGCCUCUCCCCACCCCCUCUUCCACGGCUGGCUCUGCAGCUGUUGCCACUGCCAACAAUGACAGUGCCGCCGAUGCAAGGUGCAGCGAUGGGAGUGGCAGUGGGGAAAGUGAGGGAGGGCGUGAGGGGUGUGAGUGGAUGCAGGCGGGGGUGGUGGGCGGGAUGGCCAUUAAGAAGCGCAAGUGGCAUCACCGCUCACAGCAUCACGGCAAGCAGAGACAUGUGCAUGCACCACCAAUGACACUCAAUGCAUUGAAUCUGGACGAGGAGACGGACGAUGCCCUCAUGGCGCACAUUCAGCGCAUCUCAGCUGAUGGGUGCGUGGCACAGGGGAGCAAAGGGGGCCAUGCAGCAGCAGGGGGCAUCUGCGUGCGGGUCGAGGGGGCGCAAGAGUGGAGCGAGCCCAUCACAGUGGGGAGAGGGGAGAGGGGGGCAGGGGAGGGUGAGUCGGAGCUGUUGCUGCACGUGCCGUGUGGCGGCAUCAGCGGGGCGGUGGAGGGCGGGGGGCACUGGCUGCUGCUGCACGUGUGUGUGUGGAGGGAGGGCGCCACCGCUGUGUGCCGCAUCGCCCAUGCCGCCUCUCGCCCUUCCAGCCCCUUCGCUCUGCCCCUGCCUGCCUGCACCAUGCCCCCUGCCAUGGCGCCUCUGCCCCCUGCUGCUCUGCACGUGGGUCUGCAGCGAGAAAUCAGCUACGCCAAGGACAUGCGGCAUGACUCACCGCAGCAGCUGCAGCAGGGUGCUUUUGCUCCCAGCCACUUGCAAGCUGCACACCCCACGUCACGAACAUAUUCCCCAUCUCGCCCAUUCCACUCGCCCUCCUCCCCACCUUCCCUUGCAUCCCCCAAUUCCCCCGCCUCCCCGUCCACCCCUCUCACUCCCCCCACGCCCCACCCCACCACCUACCUCCUCCUGCGCUCGCACACACUCUCCCUCGCCCUGCCUUCACUCCACCUCGUCCUCUGGGACGACCUGCGCCGCCCUCCCUCCUCGCCACACCUGCCUGGGAACAAGACAAACGAUGCCAGUCGGAGAGACAAUGAUGAGAGUGACAAUAAUGAGAGUGACAGUAAUGCGAGUGACAGUCUGUUCCGUGAUGCCUCAGCCAUCUGCCUCGUGUCCCUCUCCUCCCUGCACGCAUCGCUCUCCCUCCUCCCGCCUCGCUCCCUCUCGCUGCUCGGUAUUGGGGCUCACAGGGGAGCAGCCAGUCACAGCAUGCCACGUGGCAUGCACACACAUCCCUUACCACCAGCGCCACCAGCGGUGGGCAUGGUGUACGUGGUGCAGUGCGGUGUGGGGUCGGUGCAGGCGCACAACCUGCUGCCUGGCGCCCUCCUCCCUCUCCUCCUCAACAUCCGCCCUUCCUCUCCCACCACUGGCUCAGCUGCUGGUGGGAAGGGUGAGGCGGGAGGUACAGGGAACAAGGAGAGGGGAGGGGGUAGACAAGUGGAAGGCGAAGGAGAGGAGCACAAGGCAGCAGCAGGGCAUAGAAAUGAGAAGGGGGAGGAAGGGCAGGCAGCAGUGCAGGUGGAAAUCGUGUUGUCACAGCAGCCGUUGCAGCAUUUGACAGGAGGGUGGAGUAUGGGAGAUGAGAGGGUGCAGAGCAACCAGGGAGUGGAGCGGGUGUGCUAUGUGACGGGUGUGGAGGCGGUGCAUGUGAGCGUGGCGCACGUGGAUGCAUGCGCUGAUGACUGCCUGCUCUCCGCCCUCUCCCACUACGCACCCAUCGCCAUCGCCUUCAUGCAGGGCAGCAGCCAAUCAGACGGUGCCGCAUGGAUGACACAUAUGCAGGGAUCAGAUAGUGAAAGGCGAUCAGGAUUGCAAGCCAGCACACAAGGUUCCACAGCCACGCACCCUGUCCUGCCCUCCGCGCUGCCCUCAUCAGACACAGCUCUCAUCCGCCUGCUCGCCCUGCACCGCCUCCUCUCCACCCCGACCCCCCGCCUCCCUGACAUCGUCCUUGCCACCACUCCCUCUCUCUACCUCGGCCGCUUCCGCAUUUCCCCUCUCACUCUCUCCCUCACUCUCCGCAUCUCCUCCCCUCUCCCUCUCGACACCACCGCCACACCACUCUCGCUCUCACCGCUCCACCUCCCACCUCUCCUGUCCCCACGCGCUGCCCUCGCGCGUGUGGUGCUGGCGCACUACAUAACGGAGGGGCUGCUGUGUGUGCCGCGCGUGAUCGCCUCGCACCACCUGCUGCUCAACCCGCUCGGCCUGCUGCACAGCGUGCGAGCUGCCUGCUGCGACCUGCUGCUGCUGCCCGUGCAGGGCUCGCUGCACGCGGGGCCACACGGGCUGCUGGUGGGCGUGGGGCGCGGCGGGCUGGCAGCGUGGCGCCACGUGUCGCAGUGGACCGUGGCGUCGCUCUCUGGCUUCUCCUCCAGUGUCGGCCGGCUUGUCAGGCGGGCUUAUCUUGGAGAAAGGGGAGGUGGAAGCAGAGGCUUGGUAGGGAAGGGGGGGCAUAGAAGCGGCACUGGUGGUGCACAUGGGAACAGAAGAGGUGCGGUUGGUGGUCGUGGUAACCAGCGUGUGACAGUUGGCGGUGGUGGUGCUGCUGCUAUGGGCAGCAGUGGCGGAGGAAGAGGGGGUGGGGGGUUGCAUGGCGGUAUAGGGCUGUCUGGGAGGCACCACCACGUGCGACUGACACUCUCACUCGCGCACAGGCCUUGCCUUCCCCACCACUACUGCCACUCCCAUCGCCACUCGCUGCAUGAGCGGGAGCACCAGCCAGAGAGCACUUAUGAAGGCACAGGCAGGUGGGGCCACAGCAAGAGUGAUGGCGGGGAGGAGAGGCGGCAGAACGGGCAGGCUGCAGCGCAGCAUGCGACGGGGACGGGGUCCAUGGGGCCUCGUUCUGUUGGCAGUGCAACAGGGGCACAUGGCGCAGAGGUGGAGGCGGCAGCAGCUCCACUUGCUACUGAGGGCAGGUGGGCCCAUGGUGGCGUGCCUGCCACCUGCACUGGGGGCAGCAGGGAUGGCAGUGCUUCUCACAGGGAGGGUGGAGGCAGAGAGGGUGAGGGGCGGCAGCUGUCGCUGGUGUGGCAGGUGCAGCAGAGGGGCGUGCGCUGUGCUGCCAGCCGCUUCAUGCCUCCUCUGUGCCCACUGCGCCCCCAAGCAUUGUGA